UAAAAUGUUGAAAAAAUGUUUUGUGCCAUCCUGUUCAAAUAAUAGUCAAGAUAGCCCAUCGAAAUUAUUUCUAUCAGUACCCAAACCAGAUAAUCGUCGAAAAUUAUGGUUCAAAUCUGUUGGCGCAAAUUACAGAAGUUCUAGAAGUGUUUUUUGUUGUGAGGAUCAUUUUAAUUUACCAAUCGAUGCAGAGAAUUGGGUUUAUUUUAAAACAGUUGGCGGGCGUAUCAGGUUACAUGAACAUGUUGUACCGCAUUUAAAUUUAGAAGCAAAUUCACAAUCUGUUGAAUAUUCACAGUUAUCAAAUUCAGAAAAGAAACUUCAACAGGAAAAUAUAGAGCAAAUGAAAAUUGCUCGAAAGCAAGAUACAGUUGCGGAACCAUUUAUUUCCAGUAUCUCACAGCAACUGUUUCAUAACACUCGCGAAGAAUUAGUUAAAGCAACAGAGUCUCCAAUUCGAAUAGGACUUCUAAUUAAAAAUAAUAAAUGCUUUUUAUCCCACCAUAACGAUAAAAAAGGGAGAAGAAAUUCUUCAACUUGCGUUAAAAAUCAAAUUUCUGACGAUGAUAAUUUCAAUAUAGCCUCAAAAUAUAUUCAAAAUUCGACUACAUGUGGGGAAAAAAAUUAUACGAAGCGUACAGCUAGAAUAAAAAAAAGAAGAAAAUCUCCAAUUUGUAUAAAACCUGAUUUUUCUGAUGAUGAUGCAACUAUUCCCUCUUAUGAAAGUAUUCAAAACUCGCCUUCGCGUGGAACGGAAAAAUCUUUAGAUUGUAUGAAUAAUAACGAUAGUCAAAAUGAUGAACCAAACUUAACAAUUUCUUCUGUAGAAUUUGCUCAGAGCUCCUCUACAAAAUACAUACAAGUUUAUAAAAUGAGUUCACCCGAAUUAGAAAAGGGAAAUUCUUCAAUUUUUGUGAAAACCGAGUUUUCAGAAUAUGAUGAACAUAAUUUUGAAGCAAUUUCGGUUCCUGAAUAUAUUGAGAGUUGGACUUUUAGUGGCGAGGAACUUCAUCAAAAUAAUAAAUUUACACAAAAAGCUAGUUUAAUUAUACAUCAACGAAUUCAUACAGGUGAAAAGCCAUAUUCAUGUGAUUUUUGUGAUAAAGCAUUUGCAAAAAAAUCUUAUUUAACUUGUCAUAGAAAAUCUCAUACUGGAGACAUACCGUAUAAAUGUGGUGUUUGUGAAAAAUAUUUUUCACAACGCAGUACGUUAAGGGUACAUAAGAAACAGCAUACUAGUGCUGAUAAAAGAUCUUUCUCAUGUGAUGUGUGUGAUAAAACAUUUUAUAAGCGUGAUUCUUUAGUUGUACACAAGAUUCAGCAUAUACAACCAAAUUAUGGUGGGUACCACGGAUCUAGUAAUUAUAGUAGGGAUGUAGUAUAA